UGUAUACAAACUCCAGGCAGUGUAAUAAAUGCCAUCCUACUCAAUAUAUGCUCAGAUCGAUGCAUUGUUUCCAAAAAGAAGUCUUUAAAGCUCAUAUAUACAGAUAUGAGUCGGGUUGAUAAUUUUCUUAGUCCACCGAAAGCGUUAGGUGCUGUGUGCGCUUGUUAAACCGUGCGGCGCUUGUCUCCGGUGCCUCAGACAUCACAGGCUGUGACAAUGAGCUGCAGAGGAAUAGACCCCCUGUUAGACAAAUGCCUGUUUUGCAUGACAAAAAAUAUAUCCAGAUAUGAGGCAGAUAUUGAACCACUACCCCCGAAUAUAAAAGACAAAUUGAUAAAGCUUCUGAGCAUGCAGGGAUAUCUCACAGAUGCAAAUAUCAGUCAGAUUCUACACCCAUUUGUGAAGAUACUGGACCUACGUGAUUGUGAAGUAUCAGACACUGCUCUGCAGCUGAUUUCUCAUUGCAAGCAACUGAAGACAAUCAAUUUAAAUUCAUUUAAAGGAGAACAAAGAACAUCUAUUACUUCAGAAGGAAUAAAAGCAGUGGCUCAUUCAUGUGCUCAUCUUCUGGAAGUCUCACUGAAAAGAUGCUCCAACCUCUCGGACGUAGGAAUCCUGGCUCUGGCACUGCAUUGCCCACUUCUGCGGAUACUUAAUUUAAGUGGCUGCUCUAGUAUUACUGACGCAUCUCUGCAGGCGCUGGGUCAGAACAGCAGUCUUCUUCAUAGUGUAGAUUUCUCUGCUACCAGGGUCACAGACCAGGGUGUUAUAGCACUUGUGGGAGGAAGAUGUUCACAAGCUUUAAAGGAAAUUCAUAUGGACCGUUGUGUUCACUUGACUGAUACAUCUGUGGAUGCAGUACUUACCCACUGUCCUCAUAUAUACAUCCUACUCUUCCAUGGAUGCCCACUUAUCACAGAUCGUUCCAGAGAAGCCUUGGAACAGCUGGUCGGACCAAAUAAGAUAAAGCAAGUCACAUGGACUGUUUAUUAACUACAAUCAAUGUUUUCCACUACAACUAUGCACUUGUUUGUUAUGUCACAAUGUUAAUUUCAUUUGUGUUAUUGUUGGUUUGGAAUUUACAAAGGAAACUAAUAAGCUAUCAGUUCUGUGUUGCAAAUACAUCAAUAGAGAAACAUUAAUCUUUUUUAUUCAAAUAUCUUCCUGAAAGGGAUUUGAAAACCAACAUACACUAUAAUUAUAUUUACUUGAUUCAUUUUCAUGAUGAGAAGUUGCACUAUUUUUAAUAAAUAUUAAGCAUUUUCAAGUAA